CCUGUGAACAUUGUUCUAAGACAUUUUCUGACACUUAUUGUUUAAUGAGACACCUCAGUAUGCAUACUGGAGAUAAACCAUAUUCCUGUAAACAUUGUUCAAAGACAUUUUCCCAAACUUCACAUUUAAAGAGACAUCUUAGAACCCAUACUGGAGAGAAACCGUAUUCCUGUGAACAUUGUUCAAAGGCAUUUUCCGACACUUCACAUUUAAUGAGACAUCUGAAAACCCAUACUGGUGAGAAACCGUAUUCCUGUCAACAUUGUUCAAAGGCAUUUUCCCAAACUUCAAAUUUAAUGAGACACCUGAAAACCCAUGAUGGAGAGAAACCAUAUUCCUGUGAACAUUGUUCAAAGGCAUUUUCCGACACUUCAGUUUUAAAGAGACAUCUGAGAAUCCAUGUUGGCGAGAAACCGUAUUCCUGUGAAUAUUGUUUUAAGACGUUUUCUUUCACUUCACAUUUAAUGAGACAUCUGAGAACCCAUACUGGCGAGAAACCAUAUUCCUGUGAACGUUGUUCAAAGACAUUUUCCGACCCUUCACAUUUAUUGAGACAUCUGAGAACCCAUACUGGUGAGAAACCAUAUUCCUGUGAACAGUGUUCAAAGGCAUUUUCCCAAUCUUCCAUUUUAAUGACACAUCUGCGCACCCAUACUGGCGAGAAACCGCAUUCCUGUGACCAUUGCUCAAAGGGAUUUUCCACGCCUUCCGAUUUAAAGAAACAUCUGAGAACCCAUACCGGCGAGAAACCGUAUUCCUGUGAACAUUGUUCAAAGGCAUUUUACAGCACUUCAAAUUUAAAGAAACAUCUGAGAAUCCAUAAUGGCGAGAAACCGUAUUCCUGUGAAUAUUGUUUUAAGGCGUUUUCUUUCACUUCACAUUUAAUGAGACAUCUGAAAACCCAUACUGGCGAGAAACCAUAUUCCUGUGAACGUUGUUCAAAGACAUUUUCUGAGAAUUCACAUUUAAUGAGACAUCUGAGAACCCAUACUGGCGAGAAACCAUAUUCCUGUGAACGUUGUUCAAAGACAUUUUCCGACCCUUCACAUUUAUUUAGACAUCUGAGAACCCAUACUGGCGAGAAACCAUAUUCCUGUGAACAGUGUUCAAAGGUAUUUUCCCAAACUUCACAUGUCGAGAGACAUCUGGGAACCCAUACUGGAGAUUUAAAGAGACAUGCUGGCGAGAAACUGCAUUCCUGUGAACAUUGCUCAAAGCCAUUUUCCAACACUUCAGAUUUAAUGAAACAUCAGAGAGCCCAUACUGUCGAAAAAACUCAUUUCUGUGAUCAAUAAUCUAAUAUUUUUUCCGUUGCUUGAUAUUUAAAUAUACAUAUGAGGCAGUGAGAAGCAAAGGGAUGUAAGUGGCAAAAUUAAUUAAAUUGGAGAUAACCAGUACACAUAGUUGGUGAACCUCUCCUCUCCCUUGGGGCAAGAGAUGGUGCUAGUGGCCCUGGUGGGAGCUGCUAUACAUCAGGAUUUGGAAAAAAAUUUCAAUAAAAGCCUACCUAGGACGUUAUCUGUAAACGCGUUUCACUCAAAACUGGAAAAUGUCAACUUACAUCCCUUUGCUUCUCACUCCCUAUGUGAAAAUCCUUACUGGAGAGAAAUUUUAUUUCUCUUAGGGUUAUUUAAAGCAAAUUUCCAGCUCGUCAUAUUUGGUGUACCAUACUGGCACAAAGCCACAUUUCUGUAAAGUUUGGUCAAAGGAAGGUUUGUAACUAGCAAACCUUAAAGUAUACUUGAGAAACCGUACUGGAGAAAAGUCAUUUUCCUUUGAAGUUGUUUCUAGUACUUUUUGUAACUUGUGCACCUGAAAGUAUUGUUGAAAAUAUAUACUAUAGAAAAGCUAUUUUCCGGUUUUGCUUUUCUAAGGAAUUUUCUGUACAAGGAAACCUAAUAAAGU